UAUCUCUGUGGCUAUUUAAACAGUGAGCUGUGAGGCUACAUCUGUGCUUUAUAUUCAUCAGCAGCAGAAGGACAGUUUCAUGAUAGCUGCUGCAGAGCUAUCAAAGAGAGGAGAAUGGACACAGACCACAGGCGGAACAGAGAGGACACAGCUCUGGAUGACAUAGAGGCACCGACUGCCCCCUCUGGAAAAAGUUGUCGCCGCCUCAACGUGAAUCACUAUGCCACCAAGAAGACUGUGGCUCAGAGCAUGCUGGACGUUGCCUUGCUCAUGGCCAACUCGUCCCAGCUGAAGGCCGUUAUCUUUGUGGGGCCUCAUUACCAGUUCUACUACCCCCUUAUUGUCCUGCUGUCUAUGUCCAUCAUGUUACAGGUCAUGGUGGGCCUGCUGCUCAUCUUUAUUGUGAAGUAUGAUCUUAACAACAUCAGGAAACAAAGCAAGUUGAACAUGAUGAACAACAUAGUGACGGUCUUAGUCUUCUUCACUGUCAUCAUCAACAUCUUCACUACAGCGCUUGGAUUUGAGGGACUUGCUGUCAGGUCCCCUGAGAUGUUGAUACCAGAGACUCAGUUUUCCCUUCCGCCCACCGAUUUUAACAUGACUGACAUUCACUGAUUGCAUUUAGACCAGUCUUUGGACAGAAAGGAGACAUUAUCUUAUUCACCUGUUCUCAAAGGCUUGACAUCUCAAGGUUUGUGUUGGGAUAGCAGCACUUUUUGUACCUUCUGUAUCAGCUCCCUGUUCAAAUUAUGACUUGCUUGGGCAAAAAUUCACCGGCUGGAACCUUUCAUUUCUGACUGGAUCUACCAUCACAUCAGUGACAAGAAGCUUUUGUGGAUCGAGGCUGAAACCCAGAUAACCUGAGGAUCACCAUGUGAAACCCCAUCCUCAGUGACCUCCGACCACAACUUCAACUCAGGAGCUUUUGUUUUGCCAACCUAUUUAAAGCUUCUAUCUUGUAAAUAUAAGUGUUUAUUUAUGGUUUUAAUUGUUAGCUUGGUGAAAUUAAGCUUGUUUACAGUUUCAUAACUAAAUGAAAGAAUGACUGACUAAUGUAAGAAGAGAGUAUGAAAGAGACAGUAUUGUAUGUUUGGAAACAUGUUUCUUAUUCUGUUCAUUUUUAACUUUUUCUUUUACCUCAUUAACAUUUUUACAUCCUUUAGGAAUUCCCUCUGCUCAAAUGUCACGUUUUACAGAAAGUUCAUUGCAAUAUCUUGGGAGCUGGAGACUUGAUUUUAUUUAAACACAUACAGUAUGAAAAAACAGCCUUUGAUUUUAGAUUGGACAUGAUGUGGAGGGUAUCUUGGAAAUAUGAAAGACUCCGUCUCAGUUCACUAGUCUGUGCUACAUGAAAUCAUGUAUGAUUCAUAUAUAAGAAAAAAUCACAUACAGUAUGUUAAAGAACAUAAAGGAAAUCAAAUAAACAAAACUCUGCAUAGCUAAAAAACAUAGUGCAACAUUUAUGCUAGAAAGCAAAGACAUUAAAAAGGAGAGGGUGAGCAUUAUUCUUUGUUGUCGACAAGUCCCAUGAAAAGACCAAAACCAAGACCAGACUGAGCAUGUGUUCAUGUCUGUGUCUCAAUACUCUCUGUCUGAAGCCCACUGGUCCCUACUGAAGGCAGAAAUCUUUAAUGGCUCAAAUAUAUAUAGUUUUUACUCAAACAGGAGGAAAUAGUGCAUUUUUGUUGGGGACUAUUUUCGUUGGCGGAUGAAUCCACAUUUGGAGCUUUUUGUCUUGUUUUUGGUCAUUUGAUGGGAUUUGGUGACGCUAAGAAAUAUAAAGUAUUGCCAGCCUUUCCGCCUGUAUAGAAUGUGAUCAAACUGUGACCGCUAAUGUCAUUAAACGCCUUUAACACCACAACCAAUCAGA